UGUAGUGUGGGUAGCUUUGCAAAACUAUUUGUAACCUUGGAGAUUUUGGAUGCUCUCUCUGUUCAAAGAUUUUUUUUUUUUCAGAGCAUUUAUUUAAGUGGAUUAUUAGGCUUUUCAGGUUUUCAGUCAAAAUGAAACUGGUUCUUCAAAUUGUCCUUCUCUACUGGAGUUUAUUAACUGUAUUUGUCCUUAAUGUGGAGACAACAAAACUGGACUUAACUUCAGAAUUGAAAAAAAGGUUAAACACAUGGACCUUGAACAGGGUGAAAAGGGAUUUGAACAGCUUAUCCAGGUCUGAGCUGAAAGGACUGGACACAAACAAACAGCUGUAUGUCCAACCUGAAGAUGUCAAAGAUUCUUUGACUCCCCAUUCUAGUACUGGUAUCAAUAUCCGUGUGAAGAGGUACAGGAAUUCUGUGAACCACUUCCAGUCCCUGAGGUCAGGAUGCCACCUGGGGACCUGUACAGUGCAUGAGCUGGCCCACCGUCUCUACCAGCUCACAGACCGGGACAAGGACAACACUGCCCCGCUGAACAAAAUGAGCCCCACAGGUUAUGGGAGGAGAAGGAGAUCAGUGCCAGAACACAAAGUCAUCUUUCAGCUUUUGGGGAGGAAGCUGCAGCCAGUUUGGUCCGGGACCAGCAACCGAGUCAGGAAACUGCAAGAAAUCCUCAAACGGACUUGAGGGGAGUGCAGCACUUAGCAAAACUGAAACUUUCCAACAAAUUCCAAAAUUCUACAGAUGCCUGAGACUCCCGCCAAGUCCAUUCAGUCACGUUUUUUUUGUUUCCAAGGCAGUGGAAAUGUCUUGAGGACUGACUUGUAUUGUCAGAAGUGUUUAGCAGACUAGAGCCAAGUGGCUGAAACUAACUAGGGUGAAGUUGGGACUUGGCUAUACGGCACUGCAGCACAAGUACUGAUUAACUGUCAGUGGCAAAGGACACAGUCAUAAUCUAUGCCACUGCUGAGGCCGAGGGCAGGCAAAUUCCACUGGAGUAGAUUUAUCUUCAAAAAGAUUUAAAAAGUAUUGCUGCAUUCUAAAACACAUUCGAAAAAGGAGAAAUGUGCAUCCAAAUUGCCCCUUUGUUUUUUUUUUUUUGGUUUUUUUUUUAAAUGAAGGUGGUUAAAUUACUGGUAUAUAGUUGUUGUGAUUAACAGUCCAACUAAUCCAUCCAUUUAAGCUAAAAACUGGUUCUGGUCUCAAAUACCAGCAACCAGAUGACUCCCCCCCCCCUGCCAAUAAAAUAUAGGUAGAGAGUUGUUGUUUUGUAUUAAAACAUCUUGGGUUUGGACACUGUAUGGUGAAAACGACUAUUCUUUAGAUUCCCUCAAUAGGGAAUCUUUACAUUAAAAAAAUUAAUACAAAAAUAAGCCAGUCCAUAACGGAUUGCAUCAUACUUGAACUUAAUCUUUAUAGAGAAAAGUGCAAUUUAUAUAUUUUAUUGCCUGUUGUGUAUAUAACGUAUUAAAAUAUCAAUAUUUAAGUGUUAUGUUUCUGUUUCUCGUAACUGUACUUGUGGAGAUAGAGUUAUUUUUAUACGUGAAUAUAUUAUGUAUAAGGGCAUUGUAGCGUUUUCUUUUUAUCAUUUGUUUGUAUUAUUAAUGUCAAGUGCUAAAAACUAGUAGUAAACUUCUACAUGCUAGACUUGUUAUUAUAAAUUUGUAUAUGUUGUUUAAUCUAUUUUGUCACGUGUAAUAUGGUAAAACAAUAAACAUAUUUGCAUAUAC